GCUGAGCUCCAAGCGCGCUGAUUGGUCAGAAUGCUUCGCGUAUGUCCCGCCUUUUCCUCUCCCGCCAACACAAUAGUUCUCAACGAUUGGCUAAAUUGGAAACCAGAAUUUUACGAUUGGUUAGAAUCGGACAUCAAAUAAGGUUUUGUUUGUUUGGCGUACUACAAGAAAGGUUGAAAGGUAAGUUCAUACAUGCUGAAUAGAAAUGUAUUUCAUUUACAUAAUGUCGCAAAGUGUACAUAUUUUCAGGCAUUUGUUUAAUAUUGUCACUGAACUUAAUGAUAUAGUAAUACCUUUCUUUGAUUUAUAACGGUUGAAUCAUGAAACCUUCUGUUAUGAACCAUCAGCUUUCUAGUUAAAAUUAAAUAAAUAACGCUCCAAAAUUGAUUAUGCAGCAUUUUCAUACUUGCAGCUGCUGCCAGAGCCAAUGAGCAGUUCCCUAAUACACUGCGUUAAUAGGAUUGAGGCUCAUCUAAUGAAGCUGCAUUCACCAUGUCCAGUCACAGUCAGGUGUUAGCAGCCUGAGGGACAGCAUGAAGAAUUCGCAGCAUGCAGCCAUCAAAACUAAACUGUGGCCCAAGCCGAAAGCAACUAAAAAACCCAAAGAUGAGUCCCCCUCGAAGAUGGAGAAGACGUGCACGGCGUCAACCUCGACAGCCUCCGCUGUUGCUUCUGCCGCCGCCGCCGCAAAAGGUUCCCCCCCGCAGCUGAGCGAGGCCGAGAGGAUACGCCUGACGCCCUUUGAGAGGGUGGUCUACGAAAUGGCCCACAAUGAAAGGAUGGUGAACGACCUCAUCCUCGGCCGCAGGGUUGGAUUCUACGAGCUGCGGGGGGAGAUUGGCCAGGGGAACUUUUCAUCAGUCAGACUUGGCAUCCAUGCUUUGACCAAAGAGAGGGUGGCUGUCAAGAUCAUGGAAAAGCAAAGCAAGGUGGAUAAAGGUCCCCAUCCUUUCAUCUCCUCGGAGAUCCACUGCAUGGAAAAGCUGUGCCACCCCAACGUGGUGCGUCUGUACGAGGUGAUGGAAACGAGCAGAAAGAUGUAUCUGGUGAUGGAGUACGGCAGUGGCGGCGACCUGUUCGCUCGCGUCACCACCAGGGGAAAGCUUAGCGACCUGGAGGCUAAGCUGAUUUUUGCCCAAGUGGUCUCUGCUGUGAAACACAUGCAUGAGAAGAACAUCAUCCACAGGGACCUGAAAGCUGAGAACAUCUUCUACACCACCAGCUACUGCAUCAAGGUGGGUGACUUUGGUUUCAGCAAAGAGAGCGCGCCCAACGAGCUGCUCACCAAUUUCUGCGGCUCGCCGCCGUACGCCGCGCCUGAACUCUUUCGCGAAAAAGGAUACAUGGGCUGCUAUUCGGACAUCUGGGCUUUAGGUAUUGUUCUGUACUUCAUGGUGACCGCCACGUUGCCUUUCUACGGGGACAAUUUGAGCAGGCUGAAGCGUUGCAUUCUCCAAGGGGCCUACAGCAUCCCCACGUAUGUGCCCGACGAUUGCCAGCUCGUCAUCAAGGGCUUGUUACGGCCCGUACCUGUGGACCGCUCAUCACUCGCCCAAGUUUCGGACGGCGCUUGGUUGAAGGGAAUCCAUUACCCAGACCCGUAUGUGCCCCUGCCCUUAGUCCCGGCGCACUUGGUUCAGGCCACUGAUGCUCUGUGCGUGGAAGAAAAGGAAGUGAAGACUCUGCUGUCAGACUUGGGCAUCGUAGCUGUUCACUUGCAAAACAAUCCCUGCUUGGACUCAAAGAGCCCGCUUACCGGAACCUACCGCAUCCUCCUACACCGGGUCCAGAAGAGAAGGUCCGUGGAGGCCGUCGGCUAUGGGGCACAUCGCCCCGACGAGUAUAAUAGUCAGGCACGGUGGUGCGUCGCGUCAAUGGACAAACGUAACCCAUCAGAAGUCUGUAUUAUACUCUAAUGAAGUGGUGCCUUGACUAUACAGGAGCCACAUUUUUUUAAGGAACAAAGAAACUUUGAUCAUUUUUUUAAUUUGGAGCCAAAAUCCGAAUUACCAGUUAGACAGUCCACCACUAGAAAACAAACAGUGAGCGUCACAACCUCAGGCCAUCAUCAGUUCUCGUAGUGCGGCCAUCAUUUGCCAAAUUUAUUUUUUCUAACCAUGACAAAUGUUAAGAGCUCAACGGAUGAUGUCCGUUGAAUAGAAUCUUAAAAUUAUUGAAAAAUACAAGCAAGGUUUGCAGCUGACUUGGCAAAGCACAAAAUGUACUGUGUACUAUACCAGUGGUGUCAAACUCAUUUUUGUCAAUUGUCACAUUGUAGUCAUGGUUUGUCUUGAUCUUUGGUACAUUAGUUUUGGAAUAAAAAAAAAAAAAAUGUAAUACUGGGUUGUUUUUUUAGGAAGCUGAAACGGAUUGAUGGCAUUUCUAUUCAUUUCAAUGUAGAAUUUUGAUUUGAGUCAAGGUACCGUCUACUUGUUCACAACGCAACGUUUUCGUGACGUUUAAUUUCAAGUUGUUCAACACUGAACUGGUGACGGCAGAUGAGUAGGAGGUUCAGGGAGUUCUUUAUCUCAGACAUUUCUCCUAAGUAAUGAGCUGUGACUCGCUGCGCCAGCAUUACUCGGUAUUUAGCGUUCUGAUGCGAAGCAUUCAUCAAUCACAGCGCUGCUAUCCGUAUCUCGCAAUCCUUCUUAGGCUCGUGAUGAAUCCGUGGUUAAUCCAAGGCCAUAGUUAAUCCCAGCUAGGGGGUCUGGGUUUAGGCUACUGGGAACAUGCUCACUCCAACAAUAAUAAAAACGGACAGUCAGUGAGUAAAAAAGACCACUUGGCACUUAAAAAUAAUGAUGAUCAGUUUUGAAAAAGGUUUUUAAAUACCAUUUAUAUACCCAGUAUAUUAGAUAUUUUAAUUUCCAUUUAACAAUGAUAUUCUGGUUGAAGUUUGCAGCAUUUGUAGUGUAUCGUACUGAUAGCUAUUGUUGAUAUUAUAUAUUGAUUACUCGAAAUAUGUAUGCCUCUUUUCUUGAGGCAAACAAAGGGCAUACCUUGCAAUUAAUGGCGUUCAGAAAUUUAUGAGGAGCCACUAUUUGAGGAAAUAAAAUACAUUGUAUUUUU